AUGCCGAGGACGUCGACGCUGCAGAAAGUCAGGGAGCUCACAAAGAACACUGUGCUGGAAGAAGGAGAUUCCUGGUACGCCGUUGCGGUUUCGUGGUGGGAAGAGUUCCAGGCCAGCUCGAAAGCGAACGAUGGACCAAGUGUGCAAAAUGAACCGCUGGUUGACACGCAGUUGAGCUCAAAGGAUCGCCAUGUGGCCGUUCUGAAGCCCCAACUCGAGGAAGGAGUCGACUUUGUGUUCGUGUCGGAGGGAUCGUGGGACGUGAUCGCACACGAGCUCGGAUAUGACUGGGAAAUCCGCCGUGAAGUGAUCUACCAAAGAAGCCGGCUCCAGCUGCAGCUCGAUUCCUACCCUUACGUGUUUAAGAUUCGAUUCUGGACUUGUGAUGCCGUUGAACCGAGCGAGCUCGUGGAUGAAGCGGGUCAAGUCGUUGUGCUGUUGGGGUAUCGAUCAGAUACUUUGGGCAGGUUGCUGAGUGAGGUGUGGCGAGCUGCGCCCGACGAGUUCCGUCGCCAAUUCCCUCAAUUCCUCUUCGGCAUUGGUCCAACCAGUCCUUCGCUUCCGGAUGCAACGACUUCAGCGGAUGUGUCGCGAGUUCGUGCCUGUUACCGCAAGUCCUGGGCGAGCAAUAGCGAACUUGUGUGGGUGUCAAUCAAUCAGCUGCUCAAACGUGCUCGAGGAGUUCCUCAAUCGUUGCGGCUAAAGCCCCGCAUCACGAAGCGUCAGGCUUGUCGUGACGAAGGGAGCAGGGACGGACAGCAGCGUGGAGAAGAUGCUGGAGCAAGUGAGCUGGAUCCCGGUGAAGGUUUUGAUGAGCUCGAAGAAGACCGUGGCGGACUCAUUGCGACAAUGAACUUGAAACUGGAUGACCUUCGUCUCGACCGGCGCAGUGAGGUCGCAACUGGCGAUGCACGACUGCACGAAUUGCUGAUUGAGCAGAAGGCACAAGAUGCUGGAAGCUUCGGGUGGCCGAGCCAAGGCGCUGAGCUGCGAUGGAGGAUGCAUCUGACAAAAGGCGACACGCUGGACGUCCUCGACACAACACCUUCCUGGCUCGAGGCUCGACUCCUUGCUACAAAACGCACCAAAGUGUGCGUGCACUAUCGGAGCUGGGAAUCCAAGUGGGACGAAUGGAUCACUCGCACCUCGCCCCGAAUCGCACCUCCUUAUUCCCGCGUCCCAAAGUGGCGCAGCGCUCUCAAAGCGCACGACCUGGUACAAGUUGGCGUCCAACUUCCGCGUCUUCGGCACACAAAGUGGCGUAAUGCCACGGUAGUUGACGUGGUUUCGGCUGCGAGUGCCGGAGCCGGAAAAAAAAGUCAAAGGAGCGAUGGCGAUGGCGUUGGGCUUCAGGUGCGCGUGCGAGUUGACGGCGGAGAGGUUUGGCUGCCAGCGCAUGAUGACUUGCUUUGCCAGGUGAACACGCACACCGAGUCGAGUGCGCUGAGCAAACGGGAACUUGGGCUUCUCCUUGCUCGUAAUGCUUUCUCCAUGCCCGAACCGCGUAAAGUCACGGAGGAGGUCAGUGUUCCGACGGAAGGGGGUAAUGGCGAUGAACUGCAAGGUCAAGUUAAAGCGAAAGCCAGUAGGGACGAGGAUGGUGAUGAUCCGACGAGCCGUAUCACGAGUCCUGGUUCAUCCUCGUGUGUGCGAUCUCCACAUUCGACGAGUAUGCCGGUAGAGACGUCAACGCCGAGCCGUUCUUCCAUGAACCUACGGACUCGAGCUGGGCCAGCUCGAGACUUGAGCGACAGCUUUAGUCAGGCUCAAGUCCGAGGUCAAUCGUCUGCUGGUCACACCCCUGCCCGUCGUCGAAGUCGAUGCCAAAGCUCCCAAAGUUUCAGUGACAAUACGUCACCCGAGCCAGUGUCUCCUGCUUCAAUUCCGCCUGCAGGGCGACCUGGCAGUCGGGACUUGUCGAUGCUCUGGGCGCAAGUGAGUACUGAUCUGCUGUCGUUGCAAGCAAGUUGGGUUCACUUGGGCGAGGAAGUCGUAGCUGUGAUGGAGGCAUUUGAAAGGGGCCGGGACUGA